CCCGAGAAAAGUGCCAACCGCGCAUCCUCUUCCUCUUCCUCUUCCUCUUCCGUUUGAAGCGCUCUCUUUUACACCUUCCCCUUUCUCCCUCUCAAGGAGCGAGCAGUUUUUUCCGAACUGGCUCACCCUCAGGAAACUCUGGAGGAAGUAGAGCCCAGCAAUUGCGGCGUCGUACGCGCCCUCUACGGAGCCCUGCGCAUCCGCGACGUGGGAACGGUCCACCGGAUCGUCGCCCCUGACCUGGAGUGGUGGUUCCACGGUCCCCCGACGCACCAGUUUUUGAUGCGCCUCCUCACCGGAGCGUCCAGCUCGCCCUCCUCCGCCGCUGCGUCCGACGACAGCUUCGAAUUCGUCCCUGACUCCAUCACCUCCAUCGGGUCCAUCGUCCUCGCCGAGGGCUGCGACCAGAAGCGCUCCAUCUACUGGAUCCACGCCUGGACCGUCGCCGAUGGGAUAGUCACGCAGGUGAGGGAGUACUUCAACACGUCCCUUACCGUCACGCGCCUCGGGGGCGCCACCAGGUCCGAGAUCGCUCCGGCUGCGGGCUUUCACCACUGCACGUCGAUCUGGGAGAGCAACCUCUCGAAUCGCGUCGGGAAGUCUGUGCCCGGUCUCGUCCUGGCGAUAUAGAUCGAUCGCGAACGACGGACCGACCGCUCGCGUGAUCCAGGGUGGCCGUUACUAGGAUAAAAUAAAGUUGCGCGCGUAGCAACCGUCGGAUUGCUUGAGGUCUGAAGGAUGUGAACCCCUCGGUUCGCCUUCGUCUUAUGUUAGUGAUUUGCGUAAUAUAAAAUAGAGGGUCUGUCGUUUCUGUUUGGCUGUCGUGUCGUUUUGGGGUCGUCAUGGGUGGAACCGUUGUGGAGAAGCCCAUUUGGUCUUGGUCUCGUCGAGAUUUGUCGGUUUCGUGGAGUCGUCAUGGUGUAAUAAUAAAAUCGUGUGCCUUUUCAAAUCUCAUAAACGUCGUGCUGAAUAAAUAUAUAUGUAAAUUGAAAUUUGUCGUACAAA